AUGAUUUUUCCGUCUAACCGGAGUGAGGACUCAUCCUUCGGACUCAGCAGGAAUAGCCGGACGCGAGAGAAAGACAAAAACAAGGCUUCUCGUGGCCCCCGUUCCCGAGUUAAGGUCACUUCACAAGUUGCGUUCUCUGGUCUUGCGGUGCACUCACUCCCUUUCCUUCCGCUCACUUCUGGACCCUUCGCUCCCGAAAUCGAGAUCGAGAAUGAUGGAGGUGACUUCGCUACACUUGCUUAUAUAAGGAGAUUCCCACUCAAAGGCCCUAGUAGUGGUACUACUGACUUUGCACCAGAUUCAAUUGCUUUCUCGGCAUCCCUUCUCAGACGUCUUAUUCCUUGCCUAGCUCCUCCUAUGGGUUCAUGGCCAGAUAUCAGCUCUCGCUGGAUCAGCUGUUCUGCCAGAGGACGCAUUCUUGGUGGCAGCAGUGCCAUAAAUCCCGGCUUUUACAGCAAAGCAGACCGGAGAGAAAGUCAAAAUAAGAAGCUGCUAUUCCGUCUAAGGGAUUCCUUAACACUGCUGCCGGGUAGUCUUGAUACCUUAGCAAGAAAUCUCUGUCCUCACUUAGGAAAUAAAGGCUCUAUCCCGCAUGAUAAUGUGCAAGUGUCGAAUCUGAGCCUACUCAGAGAUCAAUUGAUAUCUUACAUGAAGCAGGAUAUUCGUUUGUUAGGCGGUGUAAUGCAAAAAGCUCAAUCAAUUUAUUACGAUGAGUACAAGGUAGAUAUCGUGAACAAAUUGACCGUAUCUUCGCUAGCUCUCACGAUUUAUCGUACUAACUUUUACGAUCCCAAUACUUUUCCUAUUCAUAUCCCAAAUCAGAAUGAGGACACUUUCAUUCGGCGUGCUUACUAUGGUGGGCAUGCCGAUACCUAUAUCCCGAAAGGUGAAAAUCUAUACUAUUACGACGUGAACUCCUUGUAUCCAUUUAUAAUGAAAAGUUAUCCUAUGCCCGGAGGUAAGCCUGUCUGGCAUAGUAAAUUAGAAGGUCGGGAUAUAGACAGCUUGUAUGGAUAUUUUGAAGCGCAUAUUGUCUGCCCACCAACAAUAAAAAGACCGUUCUUACCCUAUAGAGAUGCGAGUAGUAAAACUCUUGUAUUCCCUACCGGCGAAUUCGUGGGUGUAUACUUUAGCGAAGAAUUGAAGUAUGCGCGCGACUUAGGCUACCGGGUCACUCUUCUCUCGGGCUACAGCUUUCAAAAAAUGGAUAGUCCAUUUGUUAGCUUUGUAUCAACAGUUUAUGAUAAAAGACUAUCUGCUAAGAGAGCUGGUAAUGAUGCUAUGGCUUAUGUUUAUAAGUUACUCAUGAACUCCCUAUACGGUAGAUUAGGUAUAAACCCAAACUGCACUGUCGCUGAGGUCUGCGAUUAUGAACGAUAUAACCAAUUGAUGAAAAGUUGUACUAAUUUCAUCCAUGCGGAGAUGCUUAGCGAGCGCUACUAUGUCGUCUCUUACAGGAGCGAUACCAGAGAGGUCCCCGACUCUGAGUGGUGCCCUCCAAGGAUAUCAGCGGUUCAAUUGGCGGCUGCUAUCACAGCAUGUGCUAGGAUCCAUAUGCAUCCAUACAUUUCCAGACCUGACUCUUACUACACUGAUACUGACUCUGUCGUUCUUGGUAGUCCUCUACCAGAAGACGAAGUCUCAUCAACUGAAUUAGGUAAAUUUAAGUUAGAAUGCUAUGUUAUUGAGGGAAUCUUUUUAGCGCCAAAGAGUUAUUAUAUUAACCCCCGAGAUGGCAAGAUGAUUAUCAAGCACAAGGGUCUAGCGAAGGCAUUGGUAGAUAAGGAAUGGUUUGACUCCAAAUACAAUAAUAUUAAUAGAACUAUGCGAACCACUGUGACAUCUAAUUUCAGAAUAGAUUGGGCCAAACUGAACAUCACCAAAAUGGAAUCACGUGUUAAUCUUGGAAUCCAAAUCAAUACUAAAAGGGCACCCAUCUUUGAUGAGAAUGAAUGUUGGGUGGACUUUAGCUUUGCCUUAGAGAAAAAGAAGAAUUCCCUCUCUAAUACCUGA